UGUUUGAUGUAUGAACACAUCAAGCUGUUUUUCAAUGUCUAUACGCAGAGAAGUGAAGAAAAUUGGCCAAAGGGUUGUUCUUCAAAGAAAUAUUAUAAUGAAGCUCCACAACAAACCAGUUGGAAGAAACCCAGGUUAUAAGGAGGCUGUAGAAGCUUUGAAUUCGUUACAAACAAAUGCUCAACUUUUACAAAAAUUACGAGCCAACAAGGCACUUGGACAGGAAAAUAAUGUUAUCAGAACAAAAAAAUAUCUUGAAAGAUCAGGGGUAAGUUUGGACAGGCUGGACCGUGAGCUGUCCGUGAUCCAUGUAUCUGGCACCAAGGGGAAGGGAUCCACCUGUGUUAUGUGUGAAGCCAUCCUCCGUCAGAUGGGCUACAAGACAGGCUUCUUCUCCUCUCCGCACUUGGUGGCCGUCCGCGAGCGCAUCCGCAUCAACCAGGCACCGCUGUCUGAGACGGAGUUCACCAAACACUUCUGGACAGUGUAUAACAAGCUUGCUGCCGCUAAGGAUGAUGAACAUGAUAUGCCAUCCUAUUUCAAGUUCCUCACAGUAAUGGCUUUUAACGUUUUUCUCACGGAGAAAGUCGAUGUGGCUAUCAUCGAAGUUGGAAUUGGCGGAGAAUAUGACUGUACCAAUGUUUUCAAGAGACCAGCAGUGGUGGGGAUAUCUUCACUUGGACUAGACCAUACUAGCCUUCUGGGCUCUACCAUAGAAGAUAUUGCUUGGCAGAAAGGAGGAAUCAUGAAGCCGGGCACUCUGGCAUUCACCAGUCCGCAGCCCCCUUCCGCUGCAACCGUGCUGCACCAGCGAGCUGUCGAGAGGAAGUGUCCACUGUGGGAGGUGCCACCACUCAGCACCUAUGACUGGCAAGGACAGGAGAUGAGUGUGGGACUGAGAGGGCGAGUUCAACAGAUCAAUGCAUCACUGGCUCUGCAGCUAGCUAAUGCUUGGCAGAACAGAAACAUGUUUGACAAAAGUAAAGCCGGCUAUGUGGGUGUGGCCAAGGCAUUCCCAGUCAGCCAUCCAGUGGCAGAGGGGCUGAAACACUGUUCAUGGCCGGGCCGAUACCAGAUACUGACGAGGAAGUCUAUCCACGGCACUUGCACUUACUACCUGGAUGGGGCUCACACCAUGGAGAGUAUAGAACUGUGUGCUCAGUGGUUUCAUCAAGCAACCAAUAAUAUUGUUUCUAGGGGUGAGUGCCGCCACACCCUCAUCUACAAUGUAACGGGUGACAGAGAUGCCUCGGAGCUGUUGUCUCCUCUUGUCUCUUGUCACUUUGACAGUGCCUUGUUCUGUCCCAAUGUUCUCUCCUGUGAUACCAAGGCUGCAGAUUUGACCAAUCACAUGGUUACGUCAAGACAGCAGCUGGACCGAUGUGAGGAGAACAAGAAAACUUGGCUGGGUCUUGAGAGACAAACCAAUGUCUUUGCUAAUGAGGUAAAGACUUUUGGAUCAGUGGCAGCCACACUGAAGCACAUCGAGAGUCAGCCGGGAGACCAUCAAGUGUUGGUGACGGGCUCACUGCACCUCAUAGGAACGGUUCUGAGUGCUCUAGACCCAGACUUGAACAGCUUCUCUGCACAACCCAUCAGAUAACGGGUCUAUCUCAACAUAGGAACAAGCAUGUUUGCUUAUCAAAACUUUGGUGAGGAAUUAUCUUUUCCUACCACUGCAUGGAAAUGAUCACAUUGCCACAGCUGUAAACAGUACGCAAAAUAGCCCAUUUACGCUCUAGAGCGGGAAUGGAUAAUUCCUGCUCGCUAAAUCAGCUGAAUUUUACAGUUAGUGUUUCUACACCAACCACAGCCGUGGGUCUGGUGACCGGUACAUAACAACCGGUAAGCAAAUAAGAUAACCUAGUGACAUUUUAUAUACAGCUAAAAAGGUAAUCUGCAUGUUUUGAUAAGUUAAUUUGGUGGUAGGAAAAAUCUUGUGUGUAUUACGAGCACAAAUAGUCAUUGCCACUCUCGAAAUGUAUGGCCGCACUCAGCUAAGGCUUCAAGCGGCCAUAAUGUACUUUGUGCUCUUAAUACACAAACAGCUAUUUCGUUCAGUUACCUAACAAAGCGGAUAUUUUUGCACUGUCACAAAAAAAAAAAUGGUUUCUAUACACGUUCACUUUUGCCACAUACCAGAUUUUCAACCUAAAAAUAAAAUUGUAAGCCUUUCAUAGCCAGGUGAGUUUGUGUAUGCGUGAAAAAAAGUCGAUAAACAAAUACCCACAAAUUGUAAAUGCUGAAAAAGGGUCGCCAGAAUUGUACACUUCCUCAAAAAUAGUAGGCUGAAUCAGUCCAAAAUAGUUUGUUAGGCCUAGCCAAUGAAUCCAAACAUGAAUAUUAGAACAAGUAUCAACUGUUGCUCGUGGGUGCACAAAGUUAAAAAACACUCUUAAAAAUGUAUAUUAGGUAUUUUUUUAUGGUAAACUGUAGUAAAAUUUUGUUUUGUGUAAUCCAUGCUUGCCCCUUGCUACACUCAGGAAAUUAUUCCAUGUGAUUAAGGCAAGUAAAUGUUUCUCUUGAUUAGAUAAGUGUCACUUUGCUCACCAGUGUUAGACAAGUUACUAUUUAGGUUGUUGUUGUCUUGUACCACUCUGUCUUUGAAUGUUUUGCUCUUUACCGAUCCUAUAAGAUAGUUCAUUUUACACUUUACUUUGGGAGUGAUUGUAAUCAUUAUGUUCAUUUGAGGUCCAUCACCACCAUAUGUUGUUUUCUAACAUACGUUACAGGAGGAAUAUUGUGCCAGAGAUUAAUUAAUUAAUGUAUCAACAGCAACGUGUAUUGUUAGUUGCUAUCCGGAUGAUAUGAUAGGAUCUGUAUUUGCUGCCACUUUGUUAAGUAUUUGUAGAAAAAUUGUGUUUUGUGUUCAAAUGUAAAUGUACCUUAUUUUGUCUAGGGGUACACAUUAAGCCAUAUAUGUGUAAAUCUUUAUACCGGUGUAAUGUAAUUACCAAAAUCAUGUUAUAUUUAAUUUUAGCUAGCAUUUAUCGAGAUGAAUGUAUUUUAGUUACUUUUUGGAGAAAGUCAUACUUUUUAACCUGCUUAUCUGAGAAAAUGGUGUAUAUGAAAAAAAUUGCUCAUGAUGACUGAUUUUUUGUCUUAAUGAACAUGAACAUUAUCGGAAAGUGGAUUCAUGCACAAGUGUUCUGUUGUGCAUAGGUCUGCGGUUUGCACAUGCCGUGCUAUGGGCCCGGGAGAUUGUUGCACCCCCUUUUUUGUGGGGGAAUUUUUUCUUCCUGGUGCCCCUAACAAACCUAAAACCCCUCUCAGGUGCCUGGGCUGAUUUAGUAAAGCAGGCAGGUUUGUAUAGCUAAAAGUCCUGGACUUAACUGUCACAGGCAAGCUUUCUUAACUCUACUUUCCUCAAUAACCUCCUUGAAACUACUAAAAAAUCUGUCUUCAGAAAUAUUGUCUAUGUAGUUUAUGUUUGUGUACUAUUGCUGUUUCUCAUUAAGGACCAAUGGUAUCCAUACCAAUAAAAAACAUUAUUUUGGCUGUGAAUUUAUUAUAUGUUUAUAAAAUAUUAUUUUGUGAUUAACCUUUUGGCGCCUCAUGCAAUACUUAAU